UUCCAGUAUGACAGGGAGAGGAAGAGCAGGCAAUGGUAAGAGUACACGGGAACAGGCAAGUCUAGAUGAGUCGCACAGCCGCUCGAAGAGUCGAGGAAAGCAAAGUCCUCCUCCUGAUGCCAAAGCUAAGAGCAAGGCUGUGCCAAGAGUCCGUAGUCCCAGGGGCGCAAGGGAAAAGGAAAAGCAAAGUCCUCCUCCUGGUACCAAAGCGAAGAUCAAUUCCGAGGAGAGAUCCAGUAAACCCAGAGGCGCGAGUGGACAGGCGCAUAUUACAAAGACGAAGAAAAAAUGUUCAGCUACUUCUGAUGCGACUGACUCCGCUUUUGGUGGAUCGACAUCUCCCAAUUGCAACGGAGACGUAAAACCAAAACAGAAAAUGGAACUGGCAAAAAAUACGCCGGAAUGCAAGGAUACUGCCGACACCAAGAAAACAAGUUCACGUGCUUCUGGUAAAGCGGGAUCCAACGUUUGUGCAUUAUCACCCCAAAGGCCCAGACGAGCCGAAAGCCAAAAGGCGAAAUUGGACAAGAAAACUAGUUGUUCCCGUCUGGAUGAACGCGCAUCUGCGAAAGAUUACGCAUCUGCGAAAGAUUACGCAUCUGCUAAUAAGGUCCUUCUAUCAACACUUGACAAGCUUAAGAUCAAGACGAGUGCAAAGUCAGAUUCCUCGAGUAUUAUUAACCUUAUUGUGAACAUAAUUAUCAAACAUAUGAAGGAGAAGUCUGAAUAUUUUCGCGACGUGGAAAAACUGUGCACUGGAAGCUACUACGAGAAUGUUAAGAUUUCUGAGCCUGACGAGUUCGAUGUGAUGUUGGCUGUACGAGUCGACAGAGUGGUGCUGCAGCAAUUCGACGAAGAGGGCGCCUUCUACAGCGUGGCAUUAAAAAGGACACCCAGUAAAAACCCUCUGCGGUGCUUUCUGCAAGAGGACAAUACCCUUUCAGCAAGUAAAAUGUUGCACGAGUUCAGAGAGCAUGUCAAGAAAGCUGUCGAGUCCACCCAGGGUGUGAGGGUGGAGAGGAAAAAGGCAGGCUGUCCAGCAGUGACACUCCUGGUAAUGCAGGAUGACAUGGAGAUAGGACUGGACAUUGUCCUGAGUCUCGAAGUUCACAGUUCAUGGCCAGAAUUUACCAAGGAUGGUUUUCAAAUUGACUCCUGGCUCGGCACCAAAGUGAAGAAAGAUUACAAGUCGAAACCAUUCUACUUGGUCCCGAAAUACACAGGCAAAGGAAAUGAAGAAAGGGACGGAGUAAGUGCCAAAGAUGCCUGGAGGAUCUCCUUCUCACAUGUGGAAAAGGGCAUUCUGAUUAACCAUGGCCAAGCUAAGACGUGCUGCGAGUCCGCUGGAAUGAAAUGCUGCAGAAAGCCCUGCCUGAAGCUGCUGAAGUACCUCCUGCACCAGCUAAAGGAGAAGCACCCGAAAGAGCUGUCCAAGUUCUUCUCCUACCUGUGCAAGACCACGCUGCUCCACGCCUGUGCCGCCAGGCCCGCCGACAGCGACUGGGACAUGGCCGGCCUGAGCGACUGCUUUCAGCAGCUCCUGGAAGACUUUGUGGGACAUCUGAGGCAGGCGCAGCUCCCCAACUUUUUCAUCCCCACCCAAAAUCUCCUGGGCUCCCCUUUUGACAAGAAGCGUCUGGAAUUUCUAGCGGACUGUAUAGAAAGGGAGCGCAACAAUGGUUUCCCAAUUUUUGGAAAGUGACUGCCAUUACCCAAAUGUUGUCAAGUGCAACAGCUGAGACCAAAUGACUCACUACUGACACUACUAAAAUUUUUUAAGAACAGUAUAACCAUUUUAACACUGAACAUUCACUGCCUUUCUCAAUUCCAAGGCAUAUUAA